AUGAAAAAAUAAUAGGUGCUAGCCAAAGCAAAGGCUAAGACAAAUGAAAAAUAAAGCAAGCUGAAUCAAAAUUCCAAUGAUCGAUAUUACCCUGAUCUAUUGAUAGAUGAGGAUGCUUAUAUUCGAAACAAUUAUAAGGUUGUUCGAGAAUUGGGAAGAGGUGGGUAUGGUGUGGUUUAUAAAGGAUAUGCAUACCAUAAUGGAUAAGAAGACAAGACAAAGAAGUAUGCCAUUAAAGUCAAUUUCUCAACAGUGUCUCCAGAAUUGAUAUUUGCUGAGAUUGGAUUUCUGAAGUUGGUGUAAGGCAAGGAGAACUUACCGUAAUUGGUGAAUUUGUUCCUGACAAAUUAGAAAAUUUACAUAGUAACAGAAUAUUUUAGUUUUGCUCCAUUCAUUACAUUUUUUUCUACUUUCAACAUGUAGCAAAUAAGAGACUAUUUACGAGAAUUAUUAAAGGCUCUACUUGUGCUAAAAUAGAAUGGAAUUUAUCAUAGAGAUGUAAAGCCUGGGAAUUUCCUUUACAACCCAAAAAUCAAGAAAGGCAUACUGAUUGAUUAUGGAUUGUCAGAAAUCGAUAAAUCGUUUGUCAAUAACAUGAUGGAGAGUGGUGGAAAUCUGUCAGAAUUAAGACAAAGAAAACAAUUAUAUGAAGAUAUUAUGAAAACAAUCGCUUAAAUUGGACACAAUAAAAUAGGCACAGAGAGUUUCAUGCCAUUGGAAUCCAUUUUACAUUAUCAAGAGUAAUCCUAUGAAGUUGAUAUCUGGGCUGUCGGAGUCAUAUUUCUAUAGUUUCUGACUAGAAAAUACAAUCUAUUUAGUAAUGUGAGAAUGGUUCACAAACCUGCAGUCUCUAAGAAUCUAUUUUAUGUGAAUUUCAUCUUAGAGUUGACCUCACUAUUUGGAGCUGAAGCAAUUACUAAGAUUUGCAACAAAUUUGGAUACAAUGUUAAUUUACCAUCUGUCGUUGCUAAGACCCCAAUUAAUUGGAGAAGUGUAAUUCAUGUCGAGGGAUUUGAUGACAAAGCAGAAGAUUUACUUACUUAGUUAUUAGAAUUAGAUCCUUAAAAAAGGAUUAAAGUAGAGGAUGCUCUAUAACACCCAUUCUUUUUUGAACAGUGA